CACCCGGCUGGGGAAGGCGCUCUGAGAGGCCCCUGCGGGCUCCAGCCGAGGGACCCCCUCGCCUCCGUCGCUCCCGGCCCGGUCCCCGACACUGCCCCGGGCGGCCGAGCCCCUUCGCAUCGCCCCCAUGGCCCGGCCUCUGCCGCUGGUCCUGUGCCUGGCUCUGGGUGUGGCCGCGGGCUGCGUGUCCGGCGCUGCCCCCGCGGGCACCGGCGAGCCCCCGCGCGCCCAGACGGCGGCCCCCACGGAGGCCGAGGUCCUGCAGAACGAGGCGGACAACCAGGAGAACGUCUUGUCUCAGUUGCUGGGAGACUAUGACAAGGUCAAGGCCGUGUCUGAGGGCUCCAACUGCCAGUGCAAGUGCGUGGUGAGGCCCAUGGGCCAGGACGCCUGCCGGAGGGCCCACGCGGGGGCCCCCAGGCCCGACGACUUCUACACGGUGGAGACCAUCACCUCCGGCCCCGCCUGCAAGUGUGCCUGCGUGGCGCCGCCCUCCGCCCUCAACCCCUGCGAGGGGGACUUCAGGCUCCAGAAGCUCCGGGAGGCAGACAGCCGGGACCUGAAGCUGGCCACCAUCAUCGACAUGCUGGAAGGGGCGUUCUACGGCCUGGACCUGCUGAAGCUGCAUUCGGUCACCACCAAGCUGGUGGGGCGAGUGGACAAGCUGGAGGAGGAAGUUUCUAAAAACCUCACCAAGGAAAACGAGCAAAUCAAAGAGAACGUGGAAGGGAUCCGAGCUGAGAUGAGCAAGCGGGGCCGAGGGAACUGCUCCCAGGACGUGGCGCACAGCCUCCCGGACGUGCGCUCCGCCCUGCAGAGGGACGCGGCGGCUGCCUACACGCACCCCGAGUACGAGGAGACGUUCCUGCGGGAGGAGACCCUGUCCCAGCACGUCAACUCCGUGGAGCCCCCGCGGGUGCGGCCGCUGGCCCCGCCUGAGCUGGGGAGGCCGCAGCGGCCGCUGCAGAGGCGGGUGCUCCUGCGGGGCCGGCUGGCCUCCAGGCCCACCAUCAUCCGGGGCGUCACCUACUACAAAGCCCAGGACCCUGAGGACGAGAACGACAUAGAGGAGCAGCAGGACGAGCUGGCCAGCGGGGACGGCGGCGUGGACCUGCUGAUCGAGGACCAGCUGCUGAGACACGACGGCCUGCUGGCCAGCUCGCCCCACAAGGCCGCCGCCCCGGCCCCUGCACAGCCGCAGGCCUCCCCGGCGGCGCCCAGCGUCCCCAACCCCACCGCCGCUGCCGCCACCGCCACCGGGCCGACGUCCGCGUGGGGGCCGGCCACGCCCGUGGCUGCGGACCCCCUGGGGGAGGCGGGCCUCGCACCUUCCACUCAGGCCCCGCCCCCCACCACCCCCCACGCGGCCACCCAGCCCCCUGUGACCCCGGCGGCUCCGCCCGAGGCUCCUGGGGACUCAUUCCUGGGGACCACGCACUUGGCCCCAGUGCCUCCCACCGCGGUCGGGACAGACCCGCUGGGGAAGGAAGCCGCCGCCGGGCAGGGCACAGCGCCCGCCAGCCCCACCCCGAACCCGGACGAGGCCGACGACAUCCGGAACGUCAUAGGGAGGUGCAAGGACACCCUGUCCACCAUCACGGGGCCCACCACCCAGAACACGUACGGGCGGAACGAGGGGGCCUGGAUGAAGGACCCGCUGGCUGGCGACGAGCGGAUCUACGUGACCAACUACUACUACGGCAACACGCUGGUGGAGUUCCGGAACCUGGAGAGCUUCAAGCAGGGCCGCUGGAGCAACUCCUACAAGCUGCCCUACAGCUGGGUGGGCACGGGCCACGUCGUGUACGGGGGCGCCUUCUACUACAGCCGCGCCUUCACCCGCAACCUCAUCAAGUACGACCUGCGCCGCCGCUACGUGGCCGCCUGGGCCAUGCUGCACGACGUGGCCUACGAGGAGGCCACGCCCUGGAGCUGGCAGGGCCGCUCGGACGUGGACUUCGCCGUGGACGAGAACGGGCUGUGGCUCAUCUACCCGGCCCUGGACGACGAGGGCUUCGGCCAGGAGGUGAUCAUGCUGAGCAAGCUCAACGCCGCAGACCUGAGCACGCGGAAGGAGACCACGUGGCGCACGGGGCUCCGCCGGCACCUGUACGGCAACUGCUUUGUCAUCUGUGGGGUGCUCUAUGCCGUGGACAGCCACGACCAGCGCAACGCCAACAUCUCCUACGCCUUUGACACGCACACCAACACGCAGACCGUGCCGCGGCUGCUGUUCGAGAACGAGUACUCCUACACCACGCAGGUGGACUACAACCCCAAGGACCGGCUGCUCUACGCCUGGGACAACGGCCACCAGGUCACCUACCACGUCAUCUUCGCCUACUGAGCCCCGGCCCGCGCAGGCUGGCCAGGGCCGCGGCCCCUUGCGUGUGCGUGCGCGGGCGUGUGCAUGGGCGUGGGCGUGUGCGUGUGCAUGCGUGCGUGUGUGCAGAUGGGUAAGUGCUUUCCAAAAAAUAUAUAUUAUUUUGUAUAAUGUAAAGUGACCGUUUCGGUCUAUUUUUUCUAUAUGGGUCGUGGAUCGACCCGUGUGUGUAUGUGCUGGUCUCACCCC